AUGGAAUGCCACUUAGCGUGUUUGGACAAGAGUGCUCUGACCUGUGACUGCACACGAGCACGUCUCCAUCUGAGCACGGCUAACAACGCCCGGCCAACAGCGCCCGGCCAACAGCGCCCGGCCAACAGCGCCCGGCCAACAGCGCCCGGCCAACAGCGCCCGGCCAACAGCGCCCGGCCAACAGCGCCCGGCCAACAGCGCCCGGCCAACAGCGCCCAGCUAAUGCACCAGGGUUUGGGCUUUAGCUGCUGA